GGGCCCGUGCCCGCUGCAGGCAAAAACGGCAUCCUAAUGGCCGGUGGGAGCUGGCACCGGGAACUGGGAUGGGGAUCCCGGCUGCGAGGGUGGGGACACACUGGGCAGGGAGGGAUGAGGACUCUGAGCAGUGAAGGGUGGGAAGCGUGGGCAGGGUGGGAUGGAGACUCUGGGCAAAGCAGGAUGGGGAUCCUGGCUAGGGUGGGAUGGGGUUCUUGGAUGAGUGGCAAUGUGCUCUCUGAGUGAUGUGGGAUGCAGACCCUGGACAAGGAAAUAGAGCCCAACUCCUGCAUUACUGGGUGCGCAGGGGGACCUCAGCCCCAUCCCCACCUGGGCUGCAGGAGCAGGGCCGGAUGCUGCUGGAACUCCUCGCCCCUGGCCUCUCCUCGCCUUUCCCCCUUCCCCUCUAAGAUUUCAUCACUGAGCACUUAAGGCCGGGAAAAGCCGCCCCAGCAGCUGCAGGGAGCCGCCGGGGCAGCCAGACGGACGGAGCCUUUAUUUCGGGGAGCCGCGACGCCGGCGGCAACGCCGGAGAAACCCCAGCGGCGCCAGCCCCCCUCCGACCGAGGGGACAGAAUCCCUGCCCCCCACCCCGCGGGGGUCACGGUCCCCAGGCGCUGGCCAUGGCUUUUUGGGGGGUCUGGCAAGUCCCCAGAGAGGAGCAGAGGAAAAUAGCAACAGGAUGAGGUCACGCAGCGGCUGCAGCCUCUUCUUGAGCAACCUCAGGCCAGGCCGAGGGGACCAGGACAGGCGGAGAGAGAGCUUGGGGGGGGGCUCAAGAGAUGCCCCCAGACUCCAAGACUGGAGACAAGGACCCGGGGAGCUGAGCAGCUGCUGUGUUUGUCUGGGGAACCAGGGGGACCCCUGCCUGUGUCCCUGCCUGCACCCCAAGGCAGAGGUGCCCAGGCCAGAGCAUUUCCAGGCUGGGAUUUUUAGGAAAUGUUCUUCUGAAAUUACGGGGAUGGUCCUAAGCUAUGUUUGCCCCACUGGCUCAAUAAUGCCAGGGCACUGAGCCCACAUCCCUCACUGUCCCUCUUGGACCCUCGGAUGGGCUUUACCCCCACCUUCGUGGAUAAAAACAACAUUAAAAACAACCCCCUGUGUGACCCCCAUCCCUGCUUGCACCCCAAAAUGUGGCCCCUUCUGGGGUUGAUGAUGGGGGGCACCGUGGCUCCUUUGCUGAUGGGAUGAGCCAGGAAACACCCCCAGCCCCAGCUGGAUUUCAUCUGGGAGGGGGCUGGGGGCUGCUUGCCUUUCCCUGGCCUCCCACACCCCCUCCCCAUCCCGGCCAUAAUGAGAACAAGCUGGUCCCGGGCUGCGACGCAGGAGGAGGAGGAGGAGAAGGAGGAGGAGGAGGAGAGGAGGGAGAAGGAGGAGGCUCCAUCCCAGCAGGCUGCAGAAAGGGGCUCGAGGUGUGUGGGACAGAUCCCGUCUUCCCAGCUGCCUCCCGCCGGCUGCGGGCGAGGUCUCCUGCACGAAUCCUGGGAAUGGGCUCAGCCAUGGGCACGUGGUUGCUGCUCUUGGUGCUGCUGGUGGCAGCCCCGGCACAGGCGGCAGCGCCCCGGCACCGCCCGGUGCUGCCGGACACCGCGGGCAGCGGGGACGGGGACGAGGCGUCAGCCACGCUGCCCGCCCAGCCCGUGACCCCCCGGAUCAGCCCCACGGUGGGGGACGCGCCGGGGACCACGGUGACCAACAGCUCGGCGCCGGGCGUGCUGGACGGGCUGGUGGACUUCUUCAAGGAGUACCUGCUGCUGGUGGUGGUGGUGGGCUCGCUGUCCUUCGUCCUCCUCUUCAUCAUCUGCACCGCCGUCAUCGUCCGGCAGAAGCACAAGGCCUCCGCCUACUAUCCCUCCUCCUUUCCCAAGAAGAAAUACGUGGAUGAGCGGGACAAGUCGGGGGGAGCGCGGGCGUUCAGCGAGGUGCCCGAGAAAGCCCCCGAGGCCGGCGCGGAGGAGCCGCUGGACGGCGGCCGGCAGCUCCAGGCGGACAUCCUGGCUGCUGCCCAGAACCUCAAAUCCCCCCACAAGGCGCCGCUGGCCAACGGGGCCCAGGGCGAGCAGAAUUCCCCUCAGGAGGAGGAGGAAGAGGAAGAAGAGGAAGGAAAGAAGAAGCUGGGGGAUGAACAACCCAAGCCCCCUGCCCAAAAUCCAGGCGCAGAGGAAGCGGCGAGCGCAGGAAGCGAAGAGAUCCCUGAGGCAUCCCAGGGUGGUGCCCAGGCUCCCUCUGGAAUGUGAGGCAGGGACACAGUCCCGGGCAAGCCUGAGGAGCUGCUGGCUUGGGACUCAUGAUGGACGUGGUGGACCAGGCUCCGUAUGUACGUGGUGGCUCAAGGAAGCCCCGAUGAAGAUCCCAUUCCCUCCCAGCUCCCCCGACCCUGGUGCUGAUGGGAUGCUCAUGGGGGGGAUUUGCCAGCUGGUGGUUUUCCCCAGCACUGGAAUGCCAUCAGCCCCAGCUCCUGCUGCCCAAGGGGCUUCUCCCACCCCGGGCACUGGGUGUGUGCAUCCCCCCAGCUGCAGCUCUGCCCCCACUGUGCCACCAGCUUCCUCCCAAAUGUUAUUUUAAUAAUCAGCAGCAGCCUGGUCUGUGCCAGGUUCCUGGCUGGGAGCUGUGUCCCUCUGGGAGAAGGGAUGGGACCAGGGCUGGAGGUGUGUACAACAUGGGUCAGCUUUGCCCAUGGCCACCCAAGAGAAAGAGGGAUGAGGAUUUAGGGACAAGGACCCUUCUUUCCUUUUCUACCCCAGAGCCCAGCUGGAUUUUUGCCUCACUUCCUGAACCCUUCAGCUAGAAAUAAACAUUUCCUCCGCACAGCUCCUCUCCCGUGUGUCUCUGCAGCCGUGGGGUGGCCAGGGGACAGUCCCUGUGUCCUUGUGCUCCUCCAGGGGCACAGCUGGAUUGGACUCCAGGGGCAUUGGAGCCGUGGGCAGGGUGUUAUCAGUCCCCACAUCAGCACAUCACGUGCCCUUCCAGGAAACCUUUAUCUUGUACCCACAGCUGUGGGCUGAGGAGGGGCCGUGGGGGACUCAGCCACGGCCCUGGGGUGCAGCUGCUGCAGUGGGGACAGCAGGAAAACCUGGAAGGUGAGUGAAGCUGCUCUGCCUCAAAAGCAGCACAUCCCUGUAUCCCUGAACAUCCUGUAUCCCUGUGUUUUAUCCCAUUAUGUCCUUGCCUCAGGACAACCUUCCCUUGGGAAGAGUGUGCCAGCACAAAGAGUGGGUUUUGCCCCAAAGCAGAUGUGAGUGUGUGAAGUUUCCCUGAUUUUUUUUUUAAACUGGGUAAUAGCAGGAUUGUUCCAUGAGGGAGAGGCACGCUCCUCACUGCUGGAGGGUGCCAGCUGAGGAACCACAUGAGGGACCUUGUGAGUGACAUACAGCAACGUGUGACCUCUGUGUUAAAAAUUACAAAUAUUGUGCCCGGACAGAGCAGAAUGAGACAAGUAUUUUUUUUUAAAUGUGGUUUUAAAUGUUUAACAACACCCCUCAGUAUGAAAAAUGGGAAGUGAGGUGUCCUGUGGGGGGGUUAGAAGGUUAAAAAGUGAAGUCUGCCAAUGUGUUGUCUGCUUGGUUUGGAAAUACUCCUCCAGAAAAGAGGAACUCUGGGAGCUCCCCCUCAGCUCUGCAUUCCAGCUCUGCUAUUCCCUACCGAGGUUCCAGUCUGAGGGUGUAUUUCAGAGAAUCUUGGAGUGCUUGGGUAGGAAAGGAUCUUAAAGGUCAUCCAGUUGCAAACCCCUUCCUUGGGCAGGGACACUUCCCUCUAGCCCAGGAUUUACAGCUGUAAGAGAGCACCCAGUGAGUGAAGAAGUGGAAUUCUUAGAGAAAACAUCCCAAAAUUCAGGCUGCUCCUCAAACAAGAGCUUCAAAACUUAAGUGGUGACAGGAUGGGAGCAGAAACCACCAGUGUUUCCUGGUCACUUUUCCCUUUGGCACCUGCAAAGGUUCCCAGAAUUCCAAGAGCACGAAUUUG